AUCAAUUAAUCAUCUAUCUGGUAUCCAUCAGCAAUCAAGUACGUUGAGCUGUUGCGGCAAUGGCACUGAGCAACAAUGUGAUAGGAGGCAUCAACUUGGGGGCGGUGCUGCUGUCGAUUCCAAUAAUUGGGGCCGGGAUAUGGCUGAGCACAGAGGUAGCGGAAUCGUGUGUGAAGGUUCUAGAAUGGGCGGUGCUUAUGUUGGGGAUUGUGAUGAUGGUGGUGGGUCUGGCAGGAUUGGCGGGAGCAUUAUUGUGGAGAGUCCAGCAGGUGAGGGUGAUGAUAUUCUACCUGGUAGCCAUGCUGGUGCUAAUCGUGUUGCUGCUGUGCCUGGUGGUGUUGGUGUACACGGUCACCCUUAGAGGCCACGGCAACGUUCAACCCAACCGUUCAUACUUGGAAUACCACUUGGAUGACUUCUCGCUUUGGCUUCGUCGAAGGGUUAGAAUCUCUCGUAUCAAAACCUGCCUUUCCAAAACCAAUGUGUGCGCUCGCUUGAACCAAAGUUACCGAAUGCCUCAGGACUUCUUUAAUGCGCAUCUGACACCCAUGCAGUCAGGGUGCUGUAAGCCACCAACAGAAUGCGGUUACACCUUUGUGAAUCCAACGUACUGGAUAAGCCCCAUCAGCACGGCAGCAGAUGCCGACUGCACACGCUGGAGCAACGACCAGAUGCAGCUCUGCUACAACUGUGACUCCUGUAAGGCCGGUGUCUUGGCCGCCCUCAGAAAAGAAUGGAGAGCGGCCAAUCUCAUACUCCUCAUUACUUUGCUUCCUCUCGUUGCACUCUACCUCGCUGCCUUCUUUGCCUUUCGGAACGCAAAAACUGACCAACUCUUCCGCAGAUACAGGCAAGGAUACACCUAGUUAGACAACUACUUUAAUUUUCCCACGAGAUCAGAAAUGCAUCUUUGGUGCGUGCUCCUCAACUAAA